GCUAAUGUCGAUCCUCCUCUGCCCAUAGUCUCUCUGGGCACAGGGGUGCUGUCUCUACAGACGGGUGUGACAGGAUCAUCUGCUGCCGAUCAACAGCAGGCGAUUAUUAUUUCGUCUGCCGCGGGUGAAACCUCACAGGUGGCAACCAGUCUUCCGAUUGUCGUCACCACGUCAUUUUCAUCUUCGCAACUGGACGGUGCAUCAUGUACCUUUGUCAAGCAGGCCACGACCUCAACUUUCACCGAGUUGGGUUUUUCGGCCAACAACAUUCAGGUAUUUGAAGCAGCACCGUUUUCCUCGAAUAAAUAUGAAUAA